AUGGCCGCCGGAGCCGCACGACGACACGACAACUGCCAGCGGGACGCCGUCGAUUGUGGGCACAAUGGGUCAUUAGCAAAAUCUCUCCGCGUCCAUUCAAGAGCUCCAUCCACAGGACCACCACCACCAGAGAGCCACAGCGGCAGCACCAGCGGCAGCCGCCCAAGCCCAGCAUCGUCUCACCGCGUGCGUGGCUCUGCCAAUGGCCGACCGCGUCUACCCCGCAGCCAAGCCGAACCCGCCUCCAGGCAGGCGACGGCCAACGGCAACGGCAACGGCAACGGCAACGGCGGCGGCGCUCCUGCCUCGUUCCCGGCGCCCAAGCCGCAGAUGUACCAGCGGCCAAUCUACCGACCCCAAGCUCCCGCGAAGCGCCGUCGCGGUCGUUCCUGCCGGUGCAGCUUCUGCUGCUGCUUCUGCUGGGCGCUGCUUGUCCUCAUCCUCCUCGCCUUCGUGGCCGCCGUGGCGGGGGGCGCCUUCUACCUCCUGUACCGCCCGCAGCGCCCGUCCUUCACCGUCUCCUCCGUCCGCCUCACGUCGCUGAACCUCACGUCCUCCCCAACAGCGCCCGUGCUCACCGACGCCAUCACUCUCACCGUGACGGCCCGGAACCCGAACAAGAAGAUGGUGUACCUGUACGACGACCUGACGCUGUCCGUGGCCACGGCCGCCAACGCCGUGCCGCUGGGCAGCGCGACCGUGCCCGGGUUCACGCACGCGGCGGGCAACACCACCGUGGUGACAGCGACGGUGUCGUCGAACGCGGUGACCGUGGACCCCAGCGGCGCCGGAUCCGACUUCAAGAGGUCCGGCGCGUUCGCCGUGGUGGUGGACGCGGAUACCAGCGCGGGCGUCCGGGUGGGUGGGCUCAAGACGAAGAAGAUCGGCAUCCAGGUGCACUGCGAGGGCAUCAAGGUCACUCCUCCCCCGCCCCCGCCGGUGGCGCCCAAGAAGGUCAAGGGGAAGAACAGCACCGCCGACGCGCUCGCGCCGGCGCCGGCGACGACUACGACGGUGAGCACGGCCGCGCACUCGUGCAAGGUCAGAGUCCGCGUCAAGAUCUGGAAGUGGACCUUCUAG